CCUAGCCUGGCAACGCAAAUUAUGGGUAAGCGCAGCAGAUAUAGAUUGUAAGGAUUCCUUGGAAGAGAACUGCUGCAGCUCGAUCGAGUUCAUGGUUUUGAUUCCUCUUAGCUUAGCCUAGCUUCUCUACCAGGAAGCACCAUGAGCAGAAAGGUAUGAUUGAUCGACUCCUCUCAAGUUUUCUCGUUUGUUUCCGUGUGGUGUGUGAUUUAUGGUUAUGUGAAAGCAACUGAUUCAUCUAGAAAUAGUAGCUGUAGUCUGUGGCUGAUAAGAAACUAGGUUAACUGUUCAAAAUACCUGCGUUGAGUUUGAUCCUAGGUGUGAGUGUUCUUUCGUCAACAAAGCAUCACUGAAUUUGGCCGGACUGUGGAAAAUUUAUUCGUGUCUCGUUGUUCAACCACUGAUUCAUCAUCUAGAAAUAGUAUCUUUCGCUAAUAAGAGAUUAGUUAGCUGUUCAAAGUCCCUGCGAUGAGAAUUGUAAACAUUGCUUGUGAGGAAAUCGCUUGGAUUUUUGAUCGUCGAUAUGACUGUUCUUCCGUCGACGGGUGGAAUUGGCCGGACAGCGGAAGCUUUGUUCGCGCCUCAAUAUUGGGCUUGAUUCAGAGUUCUUUUGCAGAUAUUGGGCUAAAACUGGCCCAACUAUAUAGCCCAAUUUCAUUUUUUCACGUAUUAAUAUGUUGUAUGUCAAAUGAUAUUAAUAAUAAUAGAACUAAUAGCUUAUUACUUUGUCGUUUGGAGGGCGUUGUGCGUUUGAAAUUCAAAAAUACGUCAUGACGUAUUGAUGCGAACCAAACCCAAACCCCAACACCAGCUGACGUCCGUUAAACGACCGAGCCAUUAGCACUGGUGAUUUCCUGAUUUCCGUUACUCCGAGCCUGAGGCUCCGGAAUUCCGUUUCGUAACCCACCAAUGCUAUAAAUGUGGUCUCGUCAUGUCGUGUCUCUCUCUCUCUCUCUGUCUGUGUGUUUCCUUCAUUUUCGUCUUCGAGAAAUCCGAAGAGCACAGAAGGUUUUCUAAUCGGCAUUACUGUUUGGCGGCGAUUGAGAUCGGAUAUUGGAUCCCAUGGCCGAUCACGACAGCGCGCCUGAGAAACACGAGAAGUCUGGUGAAUCUCUGAUGGAGAAGGUCACGGAGAAAUUGCACGGCUCUGAUUCGUCGUCGGACUCCGAUGACGACAAGGAAAUCAAAUCGGCUGCAUAUUCUAUGAAGGCCAAGAUCUACCGCCUGUUCGGCCGAGAGAAGCCAGUGCACAAGGUUCUAGGCGGCGGAAAACCUGCUGAUGUAUUUCUAUGGAGAGACAAAAAGGUUUCUGCUGGUUUGCUUGGAGUGGCCACCACAAUAUGGGUGCUUUUUGAAUUGGCUGAUUACCACUUGCUUACGCUAGUGUGCCAUGCCCUCAUUGUUGCUCUUGUCAUCAUUUUCCUGUUGUCAUAUGCAUCCAACUUUGUUAACAAGGCUCGACCCAAGGUCCCUAAAGUUGUUAUCCCUGAGGAUAUUGUACUGAGUUUGGCUUCCGCCGUCACAAUCGAACUCAAUGGAGCUCUUGCUAUUCUUCGAGAUAUUGCAUUGGAGAGAGAUAUUAGGAAGUUCAUUGCGGUGAUUGCUGGGCUUUGGUUUAUUUCCAUAAUUGGAAGCUGCUUCAACUUCUUGACCUUGUGUUACAUCUGUAUUGUAUUGCUACACACACUGCCUCUGUUUUAUGAAAAGUAUGAGGAUCAGGUGGAUGCAUUUGCGGAGAAAGCAGAGGCAGAGCUAAAGAAGCAGUACGCCAUUUUCGAUGCCAAGUUUUUGAGUAAAAUUCCAAAAGGGCCAUUGAAAGACAAGAAGCACCUGUGAAACCCUGUUGUGGCAUGAUAUGUUGGCAUACAGUGAUUGGGAGGGGUAGUAGGCCCUCUGGUUUGAGUUGUGAUUGAAUUGUCUGAUAGUAGAAACCCAUGAGUUGGUUUUUGGGUUUGUUUAUUAUAACUAGUCAGCAAGCAAUUUUCAUGUCAUGAUGUUUUCAGUAUAAGAGCUGCUGAUAGCACAAGACAUAUAGGAUAAAUUAUAAGUCAAGCAUAAAGAUAAUGACGACGUGGAAGCUUUUAGGUUCAA